AUGGGCUGGUUCUGGGCAGAUACACAACCCAAGCCUACUCCCGCGGCUCCGAACCCGCUGGCGGCCUCCGACGCCUCGCCUCCGCCGGGGUGUCCCAUGCACGUUUCCACUACUACUUCUGCUUCGCCGACUCCAGCUGCUUCGGAGGCACCAAGUGCCUGUCCGGUCCGACCUACUGACUCCCCUUUCUAUGCGCCACCCAAGCCGCAAUCUCCAGGAAAUCAAACACCACCCCCACCAUCCGCUACCCCAGGCGAGACGAAGUCCACUCUUUCAAAACUGAAUCCUCUGAAUUAUAUGUUCGCUUCUAUCUCCCAGGAAAAAGCUCCCAACCAGACCGUAGAUCUUCCCGUGGAACGAGAACUUUCAUCCAUCCCAAGAUCAGACACCGAAGGCAACUGGGAAUACCCUUCUCCGCAACAGAUGUACAAUGCCAUGCUUCGCAAGGGCUAUACCGAUACUCCACAGGAUGCUGUCGAGGCGAUGGUUGCCGUCCAUAACUUUCUGAAUGAGGGUGCCUGGGACGAGAUCGUGCGAUGGGAGCGCAUUUUUUCCAAGGGCCUCGCGGAGGGCUGGGAGAAGUGCCGACGUGGAGAAGAGAACCUCGCAAUGGAGGAACUCAGGGAACAGAUCUCUGGCUCUUCCCAGCAGACCCCUGCGCCGCGGCUCAUCCGGUUCCAGGGCCGGCCUCAGGAGCUGACGCCCAAGGCACGGAUUCUUCAAGCCCUAGGCUGGAUUUAUCCGGCUAAGUUUGAAUCAAGCCCGCCCUUUGAUAGACACGACUGGUUUGUUAUGCGACAGACCCCAGCGGGCCCGAAGGAGGUUCGUUAUGUUAUCGACUACUAUUCCGGCCCACCGGAACCCAAUGGGGAACCAGUUUUCUUCCUCGAUAUCAGACCCGCUCUGGACUCACCGACCGCUGCCGUUGAGCGGCUGAUGAGAUGGGGAGGAGAUGUUUGGUGGCGAGCUAGCGGCGCCUCAGUUCGAGAGAAUGGCGGAAACUAA